AUGGAGAACGAGAUUCAGCAAAAGUUGGCUCGCUACGAGUCAUUCGUCAACGAAGGGCUCAGGAAGGAUCUCAAGGACACCCUCGAUGCACGAGACGCCAUCUACGACCAGAUCUCUGAAUAUCUCAAGCUGGCGAAGGAUAUCGAGGUGAUCAAAGACAAUGGACUCAAUGAGAUGAAGACCCAGGUGGACCUUGGAUCCAACUUUUAUGUUCAAGCCAAGAUUCCGGAUACGAAACAUAUCUUUGUCAACGUCGGUUUCGGGUUCCAUGCAGAGUUGACUCUGGACGAAGCAUUGGAGUUUAUCAAGAAGAAGGAGGUGCAUCUGCAAAAGAAAGCUGAGGUGUUCACGGGAAAGGUAUCUCAAAUCCGCGCCCACAUCAAACUGGUGUUGGAGGCAAUGGCCGAGAUUAUGAAACUGGACAGGACGCCACGCCCAAGGAGUCUCAACGUUUGA